AAUAAGAUAAAUUCACGAUAAAUUGAUAACCUAAUUAAUAGAAAUAUAGAAAUCAAUAUAAAUAAAUCGAGUGAAUGUAUGAGAAAUCUAUAGACAUGAAGCACGUAAAAAAGGAAAAGACACGAAAAUCAUCAUCUCACUCGCUACCGAAGAUGGAGUCUCCCUCGCAAAAUCAGGUUCCAGUCAACAUGGACAAUAUAUUUGUGUCCAUUCACAGCGUACGACUGAACCAAAACACCAAAGUGUUGUACAAGAUCCAAGCCAGCUUCUCUGAGCAAGUUGUACUAAACGCGUGCAUCAGACCGGCUGGGCCUAGGGACAUUGUGGUCGAUGGGACUAACAUUGCAUUUGGUGAAUUCUACUAUGACCCCUCCGAUUACGCAAAGAUGCACUCCUUUGCCAACGUUCCUCUGAUUGUGCAAAUACAACCAUUUGGGUCAGCAUCAGCACAGAGUGAUUCUAACUAUAAUAUACAAAUCGACACGACUGAGGGACACGUCAGCUGCUGUAAUCUUGAUAUCCUGCCUCUUUUUCUUGAUCAAGAAAAGCUAUGCAUAAGAACGCGAAUGCAACCGAUGGUGAAACCAUCGCCCAAAAACCAGAAAAGUUGGUGUACCCUGCCCCUGAUCACCCUGGAGGUGUCAGUGAACCGUCACCCAGAGAAUAGGAUGCAUCAUGAGGUGCUGAAACUGGCCAAUCACAUGAGAGUGUCAGUGUUAGCCGCCUACAACAUGCCCGAAUCGCAUGAUGAUGAUAAGUUCACGUACACUGCAGCUACAAACAUGCCUGCGUACAAUGAUACGAAAAUAGAAACAGUCACAUUUGGUCAUGGGUACAAAGCGCCUGCGAGAUUCGACGUGACUUCAGUUUAUCCAAGUUGGGAGUCUCUUCGUAGUAUCGAACAACAGUUGACCGAACAACAGUUGACCGAACAACAGUUGACCGAACAACAGUUGACCGAACAACAGUUGACCGAAGAAGAGUUGACCGAACAAGACGAGAAAGUUGCUGAUAUAUUUACUGUUGCAAAUGAGAAAAUUCCAUGCGCAAUAGAAGUUAUUGCCAAUGAAGAUGAGAUAGAAUUAGACAAAUACGUAAAUGUUCCGAGCGAAUACACAACAGUUUGGGCAUCAUUCCACCGAUGCCUCAUGCUGGGAGAUGCGAGCCAGUGGGUCACGGACUACAUUCGAGACUACAGCUGGCCUCUGGAAGUGCACAUGUAUGGAAGCGAUAAUACGGGCUACAGCUUCAUGGCAUUCUUGAGUCUCUUUCAAUUGCUUUAUCCUGGAGAAGACACAAUGCUCCUGGCGGUGCCCCUGCUGCACGCCGACCCUGCCCUGAUGCUGGAGAGGAGCCACUGCGAGCCUCUGCUGCCUCCGAACCAGACCCAACUCCUCGCGCCGCCGGAGCAGAGCACACAGGAGUUCAGCAAAUUGACAGUGCAGUCUGCAACGUCGGCCGCGUCCGCGACGUCGUCGGCGACGGGGCGCGACGGGAGCCCCGCGUUCGUGAUCCUCCAGGUGAAGCUGGCCCGCCCACUGAGGCCUGUUGCCGUCCCGCCUCAUGUACCUGAUGAGGAGCUGAUGCAGAUGCUAAGUGAGUUGGAGCAGAACAAAGCCCCUCGUGAGUGCACGGGGCGUGGGCAGCGCGACCGCAACUGGGCGGACACUGUGCGCCUCGGACUACAGGCUAUACGGAGGCUGCCCUACUAUGGCAUGACAGAAUUCUGCACGUUCAACCGCCAGCUCGCAGAGACGCGGACGAGGGUGGAACUGAUGACGUCGUUCUGGCAAGACGCAGCCACCUUCGUCAACAACAACUAUCGUCUCAAGGACUACAUUUACUCUGACUGUCAGUUUGAAGAGCUGCUUAUGCUGGCACACCCGAGUCUCCUCAAGGUGGCCAUCGCGACGCUGACGGAGCCCGCGGCGCCGCCGCUCCACCCGCUGCUGCGAGCCGCCCGGCACGCGCGUCAGAUGCAGGAUGUACCGCAUGCCGCUGAUCUUUAUAUGCUGUACGCUUACAGUAAGAAGAGGCAUGCUGGUGUGUGGCGCGAGCUGGCGACUGCCUUGAAGGAUUGUAACAGGGACUGGGCUUGGGUGUGCAUGACUAAAUCCAUUUUUAUCUAUCCGCGGUCGGCUCUUAGUAUCUUAUCAAUGGGAGGAAUGGCCUUCGAGUCCCACCCUGAUGAGGCAGAGCCGUUCUUCCAAGCCAUCCUCAGUAUGUACCCGUUCUGGACUACCGGCUGGUUCGCAGUCAGCGCUUAUUACCGUGCAAUGGAGUUGUUCACACUCGCUGAUAUGAUAGAAGUUUUAGCUAAGAGGACAGAAACGGACGGGUUAACCGACCCCAUAGGUGCGACAAGGACAUGGGAGUCUGAGCUGGGAGAUUGGUGGGACUCCCCGCCGCUGCUUCCCGGCAUGAGUCGCUUCUACGACGUCGCUGAUCUGCUGCUAAGGCUGAGGGUGUUGAAGCUAGCAGACAUAUGCCUGGCGCGGGCGGUACUGGAGUCGGGAGUGUGUCCGGUGUACUUCCACCAGCUGGCCCUGAGCUGCCGGCUGCAGGGGCGGACUGAAGACGCCCUGUGCCAUGUGAGGAGAGGGAUCCGCGAGUUUGGUGAUGUAAGUUACCUAAGAACACUAGAAGCCGAUUGCCUCCUAGCAAUGAACGACUUUGAAGGUGCUAUGGAAUCAUACGACAAGGCUGGAACUUCCAUGAAUUCAUACAGCCUCCUGACGUCCCUGCCGAGCCUGGAGUCGCACCGCGCGCGGCCGCUGGUCGUGGAUCUGCUGCGACGCACGCCCAGCGCGUACGCCUGGCUGGCCCUGGCUGAUGAUUGGCUACAGCGUGAAGACAACACCUACUCCCCGCCAGCCCAGGCCAGCGUGCCCGCAGUAGCCUGCGCCGUGGCGUGCGCCGUGCGAGCCCUGGCGCUGGACCGUCGCGCCGGCCGCGCCUGGGCCCUGCUCGCCAGCCUCGUGCAGCCCCGGGCUAGGCGGGAGUACUGCAGGGCUAUGGCGCAUACUUGCGGCUACUGGACGGAAGAAAGUGCGAACGCCUCCGAAGAGUCACUCUCCUACCGACUCGGGAAGAAUUUCGUGUGCAAAUGUCGACAGCAACUAGACCCUGUUUGAAAUGAAAAAGGAUUAUACUUUGAUUAUAAUUAAAUGUUAUGUUUUCUA